AUGAACGGCAGGAAGAGAGAGAGGCCUCACUACUCCCGCCACGCUCCCUAUUCUCUGCCGAAGCGUCGCCGCCCGCUUCCCGUCGGCGCCGACGAUGCCGACGCCUCUUCUAAUUCCGGAGCCGCCGCCAAGGCGCCGGCGUCGGUGGUGGUGAUCGGCGUGCCCGCGGAGUGCUCCGUGCUGGACCUCAAAUCCAGAUUCGAAAUGUACGGCCCCAUAUCUCGGACCCGAAUGGAGCCCGAUGGAGUUGCGUACAUCAAUUUCAGAUCCAAUGAGGCGGCUCAAUCCGCCGUUGAUGCGGCCCGGGAUUCCAGUUUCCCAGUUACCCUACACUCGACUCCAGUUCAGGUUAUGUGGGCAAGUAAUCCAGUUCCCAAAUGGGAGGGAGGAGUUGUCCAGAAGGAUGGGCUGUCGUCGAAGCUAGUGAGACCAGAGAUGCCCCUCAGGAGGCACGGAAGAGGCAAUAAGCUGGGGUCAGCCAUAGUGAACCCUCGAGACGAGAAUGGUGGUCCCAACAACGCUGACGGGCUAAAAGGUGCACCUGUCAUUGGUAGUUCAGGUAUAGAGGGGCCUUUCAGGGGCAGGGAAAUUGUUGCCUAUGAUGAUAUAUUGUGAUUCUUGAAAAGGAGGGAUUUUGGGAUUUCCCUUAUUGUAUCAUAAGUCAAGAAUUUCUAGCAUUGUUGGUUUAUUAUGAGAAAAAUCUUGAGACUUUGAUGAAGAUGAGUGAGUGUAAGAUAGCUUUGAUCUAA